GAGUCGGUCGACCCCAGGAGCCGGCGGCGCCUGCCUCUCGCCAUGUGUGCUGCCGAGGUGGAUCAUAACAUAGCCCAGAGAUACCUGCUCAAACGGAGGCUUGGGAAGGGGGCCUAUGGCAUUGUGUGGAAGGCAGUGGAUCGGAGGACUGGUGAGGUAGUAGCCAUCAAGAAAAUCUUUGAUGCCUUUAGGGACCAGACAGAUGCUCAGAGGACCUUCCGUGAAGUCAUGCUUCUCCAGGAGUUUGGGGACCAUCCCAACAUCAUCCGCCUGCUUGAUGUGAUCCCAGCAGAGAAUGACAGAGAUAUUUACCUGGUGUUUGAGUCCAUGGACACCGACCUGAACGCGGUCAUCCGAAAGGGCAGGCUGCUGGAGGACAUCCACAAGCGGUGCAUCUUUUCCCAGCUCCUGAGAGCCACCAAGUUUAUCCACUCAGGGAGUGUCAUCCACCGGGACCAGAAGCCAGCCAACGUUCUACUGGAUGCUGCCUGCCGGGUGAAACUCUGUGACUUUGGCCUGGCUCGGCCCCUUAGCGACCUCCCCGAGGGCCCCGAGGGCCAAGCCCUGACAGAGUAUGUGGCCACACGCUGGUACCGAGCUCCAGAGGUGCUGCUGUCCUGCCGAUGGUAUACCCCUGGAGUGGACAUGUGGAGCCUGGGCUGCAUACUGGGAGAGAUGCUUCGAGGGGAACCACUCUUUCCUGGCACGUCCACUUUCCACCAGCUGGAGCUGAUCCUGGAGACCAUUCCAUUGCCCUCCAUGGAGGAACUCCAGGCCCUCGGCUCAGAAUACAGUGCUUUGAUUCUGCAGAAUCUCGGGUCCAGGCCACGGCAGACGCUGGACGCCCUACUGCCGCCAGACACCCCCCCAGAAGCCCUGGACCUCUUGAAGCAACUCUUGGCGUUUGCUCCGGGCAAGCGGCUUAGUGCAGAGCAGGCGCUGCAGCAUCCCUACGUGCAGAGAUUCCACUGCCCCGACCGCGAGUGGACACGGGGAUCCGAAGUGCGGCUCCCGGUGCACGAAGGAGACCAGCUCUCUGCACUAGAUUAUCGGAACCGCCUGUACCAGAUGAUCCUGGAGCGGAGAGGGAUCUGCCGCAGCCCUCCGGAGGAAGGCCUAGGGGGUGCAGCCUCGCGGGCGGAGCGCAGGGCUUCCCCUGCCCGGGCCCAAGCGCUGAAGCUCGGAAUCCUCCCCCAGAUCCCCAAGGAGACGCCUGCGCGGAAACACAGACUCAGACCUCAGAGUAUCCCCGGUCAUAACCCUGAGCACGUGGAAGUUCCCAAGCAGGACUCAGACCCCCUGCUCCAACUUCCGCCGCCAGGCAGGGGGGAAAGGCCCCCAGGGGCCACUGCGGAGCCACCCUUGGCACCCUCAAGGGUGAAGCCAAACCUUAAGAUGGUGGUGCCCUCCCUGACUUCACAGGCCGCGGCUCAGGCGGCCAAUCAGGUUCUGAUCCGCAGUGAUCCGGCCCGGGGCGGUGGGCCGCGGGCUGUCGGCGCGCGAUGGGUGAGCCCAGCCCUGGCCCUUCCUAGCUCCCUCCAUUGUGGUUCGUACCCCCCAGAACCUUUCUCCACUUCUCUCCCUCCUGAACAAGACCCUCGCCUGCGUGCAGGUCCCUUCCCGCCUGCCCCGGGAGGCCCCGGAACCCCGACCCGGCCGAAGGAUGUUUGGCACCUCGGCCUCGCAGGGGGCCCAGGGCGCAGCCAAAGCUGCGCUUGGCGGCUACUCCCAGGCCUACGGGACCGUGUGCCGCUCGGCGCUGAGCCGCCUGCCCCUGCUCCCCGGACCGCGUGCGUGAGCCACCCAACCGCCUCCUUGCGACAGCCUGGCGCCCUUCCCCAGCCCCCAGUGCAUCUCCCUCCUUUGCCUCUCUGCAUUCGAGUUCUGGGAGGGAUCUUUGAGCCUCUCUCCCCUAAGGGGGAGUAGACGGAGGUUUCCACUCCACCCUCAACAAUUCCUUCCAAUAAAGUAUUUUUCCAGCCCA